UUGAAAAUCCGCUGCAUCCACUUGGUUUCCAUGCAGUUAGCGCCCUUAGUUACCACUGUUUUCUCACUACCCAGCGUUCUCAGAUGGCCUUUUUGAUACAUUUGGAUUUUUAUCAAGGCAAAAUAGACUUUAUUCCAUGAUGGAAAGUAGUCCACGCGUCAAGGAUCGAGUUUGAGUAUUCUGAUAAACGUACGAACUACCUAAAAGGUGUUAAGAAACACUUCGAGAAUCAUUUUAAACAGCAAACAAUGGAGAAAGAUCAAAACUGUAUAGUAUUUAAUGCGUCCAAACGGGAGCUGUUCACAAAUAACAAUGGAUACAAGUCGGUGCAGAAGCGGCUACGAGCUCAGUGGAAAAUCCUAAGCAUAAAGGACGAACUCUCUGAGGAGAAGCUGAAAGGAGUCAAGCUGUGGGUUUCUGCAGGUCCCAGGGAGAAGUUCACAGCAUCUGAGCUUGAGGUGCUGAAGCAUUACCUGGAUGGAGGAGGAAACAUGCUGGUCAUGCUGGGCGAAGGAGGAGAAAUGAAGUACGAUACCAACAUAAACUUUCUCCUGGAGGAGUUUGGAGUAUUCGUCAAUAAUGACGCUGUGGUGAGGAAUACGUACUACAAAUACUUCCACCCAAAAGAGGCGCUCGUGUCCAACGGUGUGCUGAACAGAGAAAUCAGUCGUGCGGCUGGAAAAGUGGUCACAGGAGUCCUCGAAGAGGAAAAUGUUGGAAACAAUUCACAGGCUCUGACGUUUGUGUACCCGUAUGGAGCCACUCUGAGCGUGAUCAAACCCGCCGUCGCUGUUCUGUCGACGGGCUCCGUCUGCUUCCCGCUCCACAGGCCCGUCCUGGCCUUCUAUCAUGGAAAGGAGGCGGGUAAACUGGCCGUCUCCGGCUCCUGUCACAUGUUCAGUGAUCAGUACAUUGACAAAGAGGAGAACAGUAAGAUCCUGGACGUCCUCCUUCAGUGGCUCAUGAGUGACAACAUUCACCUGAAUCAGAUCGACGCUGAAGAUCCGGAGGUUUGGAGACGACUCGCCAGCAGGCCGUCAGAACCGAUGGUCCCCAACGAGCUGAUUUUCUUCUUCUUCACACAGAUCUCCGAUUACACCAUGCUGCCCGACACCGCCCUGCUGUCUGAACAGCUCCGGGUCUGCUUGCAGGAGGGGGACGAGAUUCCCCGAGACUUCACGUCCCUGUUCGACAUGUCUCUGUUCAGUCUGUCCACAGACACUUUGCCUCAAGUCCUAAACACCUAUAAGCAGCUGAACGUCAAAAACGAGCCGCUUCAGCUGAUCGCACCCCAGUUUGAAACGCCCCUGCCCCAGCUCCAGCCCGCUGUUUUCCCGCCUGCCUUCAGCGACCUUCCUCCCCCCAUGCUGGAUCUGUUUGAUCUGGAUGAAGCGUUUUCGUCUGAGAAAGUGCGCCUGGCGCAGCUCACCAAUAAAUGUACCGACAAUGAUCUGGAGUUUUACAUUAGAAAGUGUGGAGAAAUUCUUGGCAUCACAUCAAAACUGGGGAAACAGAUGGAUGCCAAACACAUCAUGGAGCAUGUGUUUUUCCAAGUGGUCGAUUUCAAAAAACUCAACCAGGAGCAUGAUGGAGACACAGAGCCCCGCCUGACUCCCCUUUAACAGCAGUUUUCUUUGAGGAGUGUCAGUGUAAUGUUUAUUAUUCCUUUAUUAUGACAAAUUUAAAAACACAUUGUACUGCAGGUCAGAGGUCGCCCUUAAAGCCAGGUGUUGCUUCAGGUGGAAACUUCUGAGGCUGAAUGAUGAAGGUUCGGGCUCCGCGUUUGCUCCUGACACUCCACGCAGAACAUGGGGCUGUUCUCCGCUUUAAUCAGGGACACAUCCCAGGAAACCUGCGACGCCGUCAGGUCUCCGUACGACUGGUCGAAUCCAGUGACAUUUUUGGGCUUCUGAAGGAGGAUGUGAGGAGUGGAGAUCUUCCCCAGGACAGGAACGCUCAGCUUAUCACAGUCACCCGCCUCCUGAGUGUUGGGGCCGUGCGGCGGCAAACCCCGACAGGGGGAGACGAUGUCAGAGAGGCAAAGCGACGCCAGCAUGGACGCCUUGCUGUCAGACCAGUCAGCCGCUGGGUCGUAGGACACUUUUGAUGUGGAGAGCUGCUCCAGAGACAGAGCAGCCAGUAGACUCUGUUCUCCAAAGAACUUCUUGUCAAAGUCAGACGGAGAGGAGCACUGAAAGCUCUUAAAAUCUGGAGUAGAAGAUGCUGCAUCAUUGUAGGAACAAGCGCUCAGGAGGAAGAGGGGAACACAAAAACCAUAAAACCUUACCUUUUAAGACAAAA